AGGAGGGCCCCAGCAAAAAGAGUAUGGCGACGUGGGGAGCCGAGAAAUACGAGGAACACGGUAAUGCCGACGAGAUCGAGGACAGCUUCAACAGCAUACUCGUCACCCACGACCUGCAGGACUGCCUCGAUGACAGCCUCGAUCUGCCCAGCUUUGUCAAGAUUUACGGCCAGUCCGUCGACUUCGACUACGAGAAGUACUCGGACGAUGAUCCCCCCUACAAUGAGAGUCUGCACGAUGACAACACUGGGCAUAACGCUGGCUAGAUUAUUUGGCCAAUUUUUUUGGACGGCCUCCCGAGAGCAGCAGCUCUUCGAGCUCACGGCUGGACCGGGGCUACCGUGCGCGCGAGCCAGGCGAGCUUCGGGCUUUUAUUUUUAAAGCGUUAUCGUAUAUAUUUUGAUGUCUCACGGAUAUACAUCUCCACGUUUUUUUAGCCUUUCCUUAUAAGGGCAUUAAGAGUUUUGAAAUUGGACCUAUCAAGUUCAGGGUUGAUGUUUUGAAAUUUCAAAGGGGCAAUCUGAUCUUUAAAGCUGAGAUGCUAUUUAUUUGUUGUUUACCACUUGCCCUAGGCUUUGUUUAUUGUUUUAAUAAUGUAUCAACUUCACAAGCUCAAGUGCUUAUAACUGCAUUUUCAUUGAGAAUAUGUUUGUUGGCGGAUGCUCAGUAUAUUCACCACACCAUCAGUUCGGAUGAAAUAUACAUGAGAAUACAUCCAGGCAACAAUGAUUCUAUGCCUGAUGAUCCAUCACAUGCUGUCAUAACAAUAGAAAGUACAGAUCCAGACACUAAUCAAAAGCGUAUCAGCAGAUAUACUUGUGAAUAUGAUGGCUGCUCACGUACUUACAGUACUGUUGGAAAUUUAAGAACUCAUAUGAAAACUCACAAAGGCGAAUACCGGUUUAAAUGCUCGGAACCAAGUUGUGGCAAAGCAUUUUUAACUUCAUACAGUCUGAAAAUCCACAUUAGAGUACACACAAAAGUUAAGCCAUUUGAAUGCAAUCAUAAUGGGUGUGAGAAGGCAUUUAACACCCUAUACAGACUAAGAGCUCAUCAAAGACUUCACAGUGGCAACACAUUUAACUGUGAAGAGACGGGAUGUGUAAAGUACUUUACUACACUUAGUGAUCUCAAGAAACAUAUUCGUACUCAUACUCAAGAACGACCUUACAAGUGCCGAGAAAAAGGCUGUGGAAAAGCUUUUACAGCCUCUCAUCACUUGAAAACACACAGGCGUACACAUACUGGUGAACGUCCUUAUAUUUGCACAUACAAUCAUUGUAAAAGAUCGUUCACUACACCACAUAGUUUAAAAAGUCAUCUAAAAACCCAUAAGAAAAUAUCACUUUCAGAUGAACAGGGCAAUACUGAAGAAUCAGCAAAUCAUGUUGAAGAUGUGAAUAAGCGGAGUAUAGAUAUUACUUCUGAGAUCAAUAGAACGGAUAAUAUUGCACAACCCACAAAUGAAGUUCCUGUUGCAAUUGUGCUUUAUUCUUCUAUGGAACCAUACAAACAAGCAUUAGAAGUUCAUACAACUGACAGUUUGAUUUUGAAUGGUAACAAUAAUUCAGCAAUAAAUUUAUUGCAGCCUAAUAGUUCUGCUAAUAUAUACGAGAACUUGAGUAAUAAUAUAGAAAUUAAUGAGAACAAUGAUGGAUCUAUCAUAGUCAAUCAUUUCAAUAGUAUUGAGUAUGACCAGUUGAAAUUGUUUGAUGAUAUUCAAAAUACUGAUACUAAAGUUAAUGCGGUGAAUGAAAAUAGCAAUAACAACUCCAUUUUACAAGGGCCAAUUGUUUUGAAUACUAACAUAAAUAGAGAUUCUUCUAACUUAACACAAAGUAAUCUUACAGAUAAUUUAGUAAGUCAGUCUAUUCCAGUCACUGGAGUAGAUAACUAUUUAGAUAAACCAAUGAUGGACUUAAUGAAUAGAACUUUAAACAAUUGUGAGAGUAGCACUGUUUUAUAUGAACCUUUAUCUAGUCAGUUGCCAAACGUUUUAAAUAUAUCAAAUGAUAAUCACUUGAUAAGAAACGAAAUCAAUCCAUUAUCUUUCGAAAAUAGUACAGACUUUGUAAAUGAGACGCCAAUCGAAGACAUAACAAGCGGAAUAACAAAUUCCAUCAGCAACAACAAUGAGUCACGUGCCCUUGAAUUAGCCUUGGCUUCAGAAGAAGAGCGACAAUCUCCAUGGAUUGAUAUAAAUUCCUUAACAAGUGAACUUUCAGAUAAAAUAAUAGCAUCUACUGCUGUGCCAAUUGUAAGAAUGGAAUCUGCAUGGUCAGAAUCAAAUGCUCUUCCAACCGCUGUUCAUUCUCUUGUUAAUCUGCUUGGUCCUGAACCUUAUCCGUUAGAUCAACCACAAAAAGCGCCCGUUCUAGAAACAGUAAAUUUAAUAGAUGCUGAAAAUGGAACCAAUGUAAAUGUUGAAGUUGUCACGAAUUUUGCGGAAUAUCCAAAUGAAAGUUGUUCAAAGGCCGAUGAAAAAAAAGCAGAAGCUUCUAGAAACAUAUUAAGAGAAAUCACAGCUGAUGCUGGAAUAUGUAAGUGUUCAAGCUGCAAGUGUGAUAGCGACGGAAAUAAUUGCCAAAAUUGUUCCCAUUCAGGACAAGAGAAACAAGAGAAAGAACAAUCGAGAUGUAAUGAAAUAAGGCAAAUAAAUAUAUCAGAUAUAGUUUCAACAUUACAAAAUAAAUGUUGUUGCAAUAAUCAGAAUAGCUGUGGGUCAUGUUGCGUCGUUGUAUGUAUAAAAACAUUGCAAGAACUCCAAGAAGUAUUUAAUACCUGUUGUAAAAGUACAAGCAGUGCAGGGUGCUGCAAAAGUAAUUCUAUGAGUAAUCAAGGUAUAUCGUUACCAAUGGCUUCGUUGAAAAGUCAAUUAGCGGGAAAUCAAUGAAGAACAAAAAACUAGUCCAAAACAAAGAUGUUAUACUAUUGAUCAGAUAGAUGUGCACGAGAGUAUCUAUGAUACAUUUUAUUUUAUUACCAAUUUUUUAUCUAUCAAAUCAACACACUUUUUAUAUUUGCAUACAACUUACAAAGCAAUAUUCUUGAUAAAAAAUAUUUUUUAUAAUUUUUAUGAUAACAUUUUUGGGUAUAUAUUUAAGUAAUAAUUUUAAAAAAAUUAUUACUAAUUCAGAAUUUUUCUAUGUGCAAUUUUAUCUUGUAAGCAGUUUAACUAAUUAUAAAAAGAUUUGUCAUCGACAAAAAACUUAUCGCUUGUGUUUUUAUAUUAUAUUAUUGUUUUGUUAUGAAUUUAAAACUAAAGUGCAAAAUGUUUGCUGAAAAAACUUAGUUUUAAAUUUUCGACUGCAAAAAAUAUGAUUAUACUUAUAUUUGGCGAUGAAGUGCCAAAGAUUUAUAAGAGAAUUUAAUUUUAAAAUGAUUUUUUUUUUCACUUGUUACACAUGCAUUUUAGUGCCUUAUAAAAUUCUUGUUAGGGUUGUAAUAUUUCAUUGUAAUUUAAUUAAAAAUGUGUACAAAGCGUAGAUAGAUACUUACACAAUCUAAUAAUUUUGCAAUAAUAAUCAGAGUGAUUUCCAUCGCUGUUUUAAAACGAAAAAACUCUGAAUAAAUAAAAAGUAUAUAUACAAG